AUGGUACUAAAGCCAGCUGGGCCAGCGGCCCAGUGCACAUGUGCCAGUGGAAGAGGCUGCCGUGUACAUUCUCAGAGUCAGGACCAGCAACAACGUCGACGCCAACAACUCCAAGUUGAACAACAGCGCCUCGAACAACAGCGCCUCGAACAACAGCGCCUCGAACAACAGCGCCUCGAACAGCAGCGGCUUCAACAACAGCAAUUCGAACACCAACGACGCCAGCAACAGCGGCUUGAACAAGAACAGCGUCAACGACAGCAGCUGGAAGAACAGCAGCGUCAACAACAGGACCAGCGUCAACCGACACGAAACCAAUUCAACUCAAUGGAGACAUGGUACUCGAACCAAGACGACUACCGCCUAUACAACUUGAGCUACGGCGGCGGCGGCGGCGGCAAUGGUGGUGGGCAGUCCGGCAAGAAGUAA